ACGUUAGAAACACACCAGGAGUACAGAAGAACGUGUUCCGGAAAUAUUAACUGAUUUUAAAUAUCUGCCGAUGAAUAAACUUACGGAGGAGUGAGGUUUUGUAUUUAUUUUUUUAUUAAAUAAGUGAACAGUUAUUCAGCAUGGACAUAUCCUCUGAUGAAGCUGAAGACUGGUUUAUGGAGUCUCUAAACACAUACAAAGAUCUGCAUGUGUUUCAACUCGAGCAUCCGACAAAAGUAAUAGAGUGGACGGGUGACAAAUGUAUUUGUGUUGCAGGAUACACUGGAGCUAGAAGCGAAAUCUUAGAGUUACUUCUGCCUCUUAAAUUAUAUGCAGGAGAAAAUCAGGGUCUUUGUGCAGAAAGAGACUUCAAAGUACAGCAUGGUGGCUUUUCAGAGGAACCUGUUGAGAGUUUGAUACAUAUCCCUGGAACGAGAUGUGUGGUGACUACUGGAAGUUCUAGUUCAGCGUUGCAGAUUUGGGAUAUUGGAGGCGAUGAUAGUGAUGUUAUAAAAAGGACUGGAGUCAUAAACCUCAAGAGCAAAUCAUCAAAAGGCAGUAAAAUAGCACCAGGAUUGACAGACGAGCCAGCAGUCCUUCAUGGUUCUUGUAUAAGUGAAGUUCAGCUGACAGAGAUAGCAACAGGACGGGUUCUGUAUACAGUAGCGAAAGAAUCCUCAGAUUCAGUGAGUGGCUUACAGUUUGUGAAUGCUUGUGUAUUUCUCAUUUGUGCGAGUAAUGGCACUUUGCUCAUGGGUGACACAAGAGAUCCCUCGACUUGUCAUUAUCCUCUGCAAGACAGUAAGAGUGGUUUGCACUGGUCAUUUGGGUUGAGGAGUGACAGAUCUCAGUCCGAACCUUCCUGUUGUACUGUAGCCAGACUCUCGUCCUCCGGUCACAUGCUGCUAUCUGAUCUAAGAGAUUUGCAGAGUCCGUUUUGUCAAACCCAACUAAAUGUCCAACACAGCACAUCAAAGAAUGACUUUCUGAAUGUUUCUUGGGCUCCUGUUCUCGAUAGAUGUCUUUCUGUGUCGGGGUUUGAUGGAACAGUGCAUAUCUACAACACAAUGGAUUGGAGUACAGAGGGACAGAACCCUCAGCCAGUUUUUUCACACCGAGGCCAUGAAAUGUCACAUGAAGCAAAAUACAGCGGUUCCCCGCCUGUGGUUACCACCCAUUCUUGGCAUCAGUCACGACCAAAAACUCUUCUCUCAGCAGCUACGGAUGGAUCUCUACAUGUAUGGGACUGGUUGGAUAAAAUCACUGACAGAUGAUGUUGAUGUUCAUUAGGUAAUUAAUAGUCAAAACUAUUGUGUAAUGAUACAAGGAAAUCCUUUAUUCAAUAGAUUUUCAUAAUAAUUUGCAGUCAGCGUACAAUGUUUGUUACAAUGUUUAAUUUUCUCUUAAUAAAAAAAAAAAGUAAUAUGUUUUAUAAAACAACAUUUUUGCUGUAGCUGUUGGGUAAUAACAACAUGAUAACAAAAUGAUAACCUAAUUAGGCAACAGUGAAUAUUCUUACAACAUGUCCUUCUAUUGUUAUUAUUAUUUGUCAGGAACUGUCAGCCACCUAUAUUGACUAUAAAACCUUUAAAUAAUUUUGAGCCAUUUUUUUGCUUUUGACUGGACAACAUGACAACAUAGGCUAAUAUACAAUACAAAUAAAGAUCUUCUACAUUAUUUAAGUCCCUAUCUUCCAUCAAUAAUUCUCCAGUAAACCACAAGAAGUAAUACUCACAUAAUUGAUCUUUCCUGCAGCAGCAACAGUUGAGUCUCUCAGAAAGUCUGUCACCACUCGUAGUCUAAUAACCUUCCCAUGCUGUGCUCCCCUUAUUUAUAGUAUUAUAUAGACCCUUUUAGGGCCGAUGUCACAAUUAACAUCACAGUGCUAGCUGGAGGCAAAACAAAGGGAAAAUUGGAUAUUUUAAUAGAGAAAGAUUACCACCAAAGAUUAGCUUAAAAUAUCUUGUUGUGAUGUUGGGUGCCAGAAUCGUCGUAAUAGUCUCAAAUUAGAAAUUUUAUUCACAUAUCUGCUGCCACUGCCAGACAAAAAAAAAAAAAACGACGACAGCUGUGGUUAAACGCGAUAAAACGAGCGGACUGGACAGAAACGAUCGUCAAAAAUGCACACUUCUUGUCAGAAAAGGUUCAAUAAAGUAUUGUCUUCUGUUGUUAUGGGUGCUCUAAAGAUUUCUUAUGCAUCUCACGACUCUGUCGUGUAUAUGAAAUAAUGUUUGUGUGCAUGUGUGCAAAACAACAAACUGACAAUUUAUGUUUAAUCAUUCGUAAUUGUAUAGGCCUAUGAAUUGUUGUGAUUAAUUGUGGCUGGAAUAAUAAUGUAGCUGUAAAAAUAGUUGCCUGCUGGAAUUGAAAUGUAUAUACAUCUUCAUAACUAGGUGAGUUUGUCUGUACUAUACACGUUAGAUAUGAGUCACUCGACCGAUGGGAAUCCAAAAUUGAAAAAGCCCCCCCCCCCGCCCAACUGUUAUAUGUAACGUACUAAAACAAAAUUUCUGUAAAAAUACAAACUAAAUGACUUUUCAUCAAGUUCAUGCACUCUAUUCAAAACUUUAUCUUUAAUCAUCAAACAAGGGAUGUUUUCUGCAUGCAUGAACAAUGGUGUGUGAAAAUCUUGAUGUACUUAAAAACAGAUGGCAUUUAAAUUUUGUUUUUUUUUUUUUAAGUAGAUCCCUUUCUGAAACAUCAG